UUCCAAUAUGAAACACAGUGAUACACACUUUUCGAAUUGAAUUCGAUGGGAAAUAUUUUGAGGCUUGAACUUAAUUGCUGAAAUAGAAACAUUAGGAAGCGUCCAUAUCGGCAGAAUCGCCUGGAAGAUUUGCGGCUCAGGAUCCAUUUAGCUCAGCAUAGGCCUAUAUUUUCCUCCAGAGUACUCCAGAGAAGAAUUUCAAGCCGGGAGAAUGUCUUCAAUAUUACUCAUAGCACAAAUGAUUAUGUUUGGCCUAUACUGCACUUCAGCAUUGGAAUUCGAAGGGGAUCCAAGGUGUAAGGAAAUGUUAACGAGAUGUGUUAUAAGCACUAAAGUUUUUACGCUGAAAGUUGAACCCCAACUGUUUAAGUGGAAUACUUCUGAUAAUGCCGAUAAUGCUUCAGGAAAUUUUAAUCGAUAUUUGUAUCGAACCAGCCUCCUUGACUCACCAGAUUUACCAUCUUGGAUGCAUUAUGUCUACAGUCAAACCCACCAGUCUGGAUUUGUUUAUGGCACUCCACCUGCUCAUCAGCCAGAUUUUACCAUGGAGUUUGUGGCUGUUGAUCGUAAUAGUUAUGAUACAAGUCACAGGAUCAUGAAAUUUAUAGUUCUCCCACGAAAAGAACCUGCACGUUUCCACGUACAUCUCAAAAUUGACAAUCUGUCAGUGGAGGACUUAUUUGAGCCUCACUAUCUUGAAGAUUUACUGAGCAUUUUUCGGGAUGAGUUGUGGACUGAAGCUACCCAUGACUUGCAUGUUUCUUUCUUUGGAUCUGCUGUUCAUCUUGGAGCCCGGCUCCCUCUAAGACCAGAAGAAAAGGAGGGAGUGGUCAUUUUUCUUGGUAGCGCUUCUAGUUUUUCUGACAGUCUGUUGCGUCUUCAAAAUGAAACAAACCCGUUAGAGAAAUUAAGGAAAUUAGCCCCUUGUCCUCGUGAUUUCAAACGGACCACAGUUGAUCGCCUGUUCCGUCAACUUAACUUUGAAAUAGACUGGUGUGCUUUCAGGCUGGCAAUUGAAAAUCAGAGUCAGACCCAGGAUAGUCAUACAUUCCUUGAUCAUCACAUGCAUCACCACCACGGAAAGCCUACCCUUGCACUAAUGAAUUUGGACUUAUGGCACAGUCCAUCUCGCUGGGAAGCUCCCGAACGAUCGUAUGUUCAUGAGUUUCUUUUGUCAAUUCUUGUGCCAAUGCUAGUUAUGAUUAUACUGGCUAUUCUCUUGUCAUCAAUAUUGUGCUUUCAUCAUGAGGGAAUGGAUGAUGGGUCAAGUGAUUAUUUUGAUUCUAUAUUUGAUGUUUGUGAAGAUGUAUGGGGUAACAAACGGAAUCAAGAGACUCCAGCAGUGCAGAUGGUGCGGUAUGCUGCAGUGCAGCGGGCUACCAGUACCCUUCGCUCUCUGUCUGUUCAAAGAGAUCCAUCUCCAGCUUUGUCCAGACUUGCUCCAGAUGGUGAUGAUAAAUUUCGCCCUCAUCCCCCCCCUUACAGCUCUGGAACAAGGAGCUCUAAAAUUGAUUUCUGACCUUUGGAUAGGCCAAAAACUUGGUAUUGUUAAGAAGACCUGGAGUUUCAGCAACAGAUCCAUCAUAUUCAUCUGACUCUCAAACAAGAGACCCUUCGUACGUUUGCGUUUGAGAAGCUAAAU